AUGUUUGUACUGAAUCCAAAAUCCCUCUCCAAAGCCAAGCUAGUCUAUCAAAGUCUCCGCAAUGCCUUCCCUUUGACCAACAUCCAGAAUUCAGAUGUCACCGACCUGCUGGUGGGAAAACUUUCCCGCUCAUAUGGCGUUUGUGACAAGGCCGAGCAUGCUCGCAAGUCGUUCGAUGAAAUUCCCCAGAGACCGAGAGGGGUUAUCCAAUGGAAUAACAUGAUCAGAUCGUACGCGUGGAAUGGGCCAUUCGAGAAAGCCGUGGAAUUGUACUACGAAAUGAUGGACAAUGGGAUCAAACCAAAUAAAUUCACUUUCCCUGCUGUCCUGAAAGCGUGCUCGGCUCUUCAGGCCGUUGGGGAAGGCAGAGAGAUACACCUCCACGCGAAAAGGCUUCAACUUGACUCUGAUAUCUAUAUUUGCACGGGUUUGGUGGACAUGUAUGCGAAAUGCGGAUGCUUGGGGGAAGCUACGGAGGUGUUUGAUGGAAUGCCUCACAAGGAUGUUGUUGCUUGGAAUUCAAUGAUUGCUGGGUUUUCUUUACGUGGUGGUGGGCAGAGUUCAUAUAAUGAGGUGAUUAACUUGUUCAUGGAAAUGCAGAGGGAUGAGGUGGCUCCUAAUUCUUCUACGAUUGUCGGGAUCCUUCCGGCGGUUGCUCAAGCUAGGGCUUUGACCCAUGGGAAAGCUAUGCACGCUAUCAGCAUCAGGAAGGGUUACCAUAAUGGCGUGCUGAUAGGAACUGGAUUCCUGGAUAUGUAUGCCAAGUGUCAAUGUAUCAAUUAUGCUAGAAGGAUAUUUAACAUGAUGGGUGUCGCCAAAAAUGAAGUGACUUGGUCUGCUAUGAUUGGAGGUUGUGUUGCUUGUGACCUCAUGGAGGAAGGUUUGGAACUAUUCCGCAGAUUAUUGUCAGUUAAGGACGAUGAAUCAGGAACAUCUCUUACAGAAGCUACUAUUGUUACGGUGGUUCGAGCUUGUGCAAAGUUGACUGAUUUGGUCAGUGGCAGAUGCUUGCACUGUUAUACCAUGAAGACGGGCUCUGUCUCUGAUUUGAUGGUGAGCAACACUAUACUGUCAAUGUAUGCAAAAUGUGGGACUAUCGAUCAUGAUGCUAGUAGGUUCUUUAACGAGAUGGCCUUGAAAGAUGCAGUGACAUAUGCCGCUAUCAUUUCAGGGUAUGUGCAGAAUGGUUAUGCAGAGGAGGCAUUGUGGAUGUUCCACAAGUUGAAGUUGUCUGGUUUAGUUCCAGAUGUGUCGACAAUGACAGGAAUUCUCCCAGCUUGUUCUCAUUUGGCAGCUCUUCAACAUGGUUAUUGCAGCCAUGCUUACGCUAUAGUUCAUGGCUUUACAUGUCAUACCAUAGUCUGCAAUGCCCUCAUUGACAUGUAUGCUAAGUGUGGGAAGAUCCAUACCGCACGGAAAGUGUUCGAUACCAUGCAUAAGAAGGAUGUAAUCUCUUGGAAUGCGAUGAUAGAUGCUUAUGGGAUUCACGGGCUAGGAAAGGACGCAGUUUCCCUGUUCCAAAAAAUGCAGCAGGUUGGAGAAGAGAUCGAACCAGAUGAUGUGACAUUCAUUUGUCUAUUAUCUGCUUGCAGCCAUUCAGGACUUGUUGCAGAGGGGAAACAAUUGUUUGGUUCCAUGACCCAAGAUUUUGGGAUUUCCCCAAGGAUGGAUCACUACAUAUGCAUGACCGAUUUGCUAAGUCGAGCAGGGCACUUUGAAGAGGUUUACAAGUUCAUUCAAGAUAUGCCAUUCAAACCCGAUGUUCGUGUGUGGGGGGCAGUACUGGCUGCCUGCAGGAUACAUAAGAACAUCGAACUCGGAGAAACCGUGUCAAAGGAAAUAGAGAGGCUAGGACCAGAAUCUACAGGGAACUUUGUUCUCCUUUCCAAUAUGUACAGCAACAUUGGCAGAUGGGACGAUGCAGCGCAAGUGAGGCUCGCGCAGAAGGAACUGGGAUUCGCCAAAAGUCCUGGUUGCAGCUGGAUUGAGGUCGCUGGGAUUGUGCACGCAUUUGUUGGUGGUGGGGAUAGGUCUCAUCCACAGUCAGAAGAGAUAAACCAGAAAUUGGAUGAACUGGAAGUGGACAUGAAGAGACUGGGAUACCGCGCGGAAUCAAGCUAUGUUUUCCAUGACGUUGAAGAGGAAGAAAAGGAUGAGAUCCUUCUCUACCACAGUGAGAAACUAGCCAUUGCAUUUGGAAUUCUCAGCUUGAGCCCAUCGAAGCCCAUUUUGGUGACCAAGAAUUUGAGAGUCUGUGGUGACUGUCACAAUGCUAUCAAAUUGAUCUCCCUCAUUACAAAGAGAGAGAUCACUGUCAGGGAUGCUAGUCGAUUCCAUCAUUUCAAGGAUGGAAGCUGCAACUGUGGGGAUUUCUGGUAA